AUGAAAAUUCCCGCCCGCCUGCUGGAAAAAGAUGGCGCCGGACUGGUUUCGUUGGAUGUAUCGGCGCUGAAAUUAAGCGUUGUCAUCGGGAAGAAGCUCAUCGAUGCUCUUAUCAAAAAUGACACCAUCACUGAACUGGCUGUCGGAGGCUCUUUCUUUGCUUCAGGCCCCCUCGAAGCCGCAUCGGUGUGGUUCGCAGAAUAUCUGGUCAAGAAAAACGGGACGCUCCGAAACCUCACUGUGAUAGAACACCAGCUCGUGUUCGCCACCGCGGCGUUGCAGACGCUGGCAGAAGGGAUCAGCACAAUGACGUCUUUGGAAGAUCUAUUCGUGGAAGGCCAGGCCGCGAGUAAAGAUUGCGCGCUGUUCCUGGAAGUCGUAGCCCAUAGCCCGUCUCUGAGGAGUGUGUGCUUGCUGCUCGAGGGAAGUGACGAAGACUUCCUUAAUCGUCAACCGGAUGAAAACGUCGACGCACACGGCGUUCCUACUUGGGUGUUAGCAUUGCAGGAAAACAGCACGCUGCAGUAUUUGAAGCUUAGGUUAACGUGGUCCAGCAGGGAAGACUGCUACCUCUUGCUCGAAGCACUUGAAAACAAGUGCCGCCUUAAAAUUUUGACAUUGAAAACCGUUCCGAGCGAUUGUGGUGUCCAAGAAAUUUGUCGCAUAAUACGGGAUUGCGGUGUUGGCGAAAGGGUGCGCAUCGGAAGCUAUGUCGUUCUCCCCGAGGACGUUGAGAUGGUUUCUGCAUGUGAGGCAGUGACAGCCGUCACUGUCAGUUCCUUUAUCUUUCUAGCAGACGUAGCUGCUUUGAGAAACAUGUUUAACGUCAUCGCUACUUGCAACCACAUAACGUUGCUUCGCGUGUACCUUGAUUUCUUCGAUAACGACGCGUUCGCAUCGCUAGCUGCGUACAUUACGGGAUCAACCUCCAUCAAGGUAAUUCAGCUAAUUAUCGAAACAUAUGACUCUGGCGAUGAAGGGGACGAAAUUGACCAGGAGGAUGACGAGUCCCUACGUCAGUCGCUAUCUAACUUGUGUGAAGCUCUGUCUUUGAAUGAGAGCAUCAGCAAUGUCUAUCUGGACUCCACGAUCGAAUUGCCCGACGAAGACUGUCAGAAGCUCGCCGACGCCGCUUUGAACAACCGGCAGCUUUACGAGCUCAUUGUCCCAGCCGUCAGAGGCAGCUCUGUGCCUGUAUUCCUGGGCCGUCUUCUGCCGCGAUUAGCCGAGAACUACAGUCUACUUUACCUGGAGAUUCCCUUCUGCUUGCAGCACAACGACGAGAUGUGCGCUGCCCAGGAUGUCACGCGGCGUAACUGCGGCCUCGUACAGCGGGCGACCCGGUUCGUGACGGGAGUCCACGGUCCAGAAUGCGCACGCCCCUUCGAGCUCCUCUCGGAGUACCCGGUACUCGUCGAGAGUGUCGUGCGCAAGCUUGCGCAGGACCGGGACCGGGCGCAGGUGACCGGGAGCGAGAAGGCCGAAGCCGUGUCCAAGAUCGAGGAAGCCCUCCAGGUUCUGCGCAAUGCGGACUUACACACUUACAUGAAGUUCACGGGCGUCAUCCAGGAACGGGUCGAGUGCGAGGUCCAGGAAGACAGUAGCAAGCAGUUGGACCAGCUGAACGAAUACUGCUUUCUGCACAUUGUUCGGUACCUGAAGGUAGCGGACGUCGUGGAAGCUUGAAACUAUUUUGUCGAGGUCGCGUCCUCUGUGUUCUGCGCCUCUCCAACAGCAUUCUGGAUAUUCGCUACAAAAGAGAUGCUCCAGUAAAUAUGUAGUGGACAUUUGCAAAGAGUGGCAAGUCUUCACGGUAAUUGCGGCUACCCAGCGUAAUUACAGUGCGACGAAGCGUACUAGCGAACCGCAAUCACGCCCUGGUGCCAGUCUGUGCAUCGAGCUGAGACUCUUCGUGUUCGUGCCUUACAGUUUCCUUGGUGGCAUCGCACGUGAAGCCACUGCUGGAUCGUUUAGUGGAAGCUUUACCUGUGGUUCAUGUCCAAACUCGUUGUUGGAAUAUAUUGACGCGUGCACUGCAUGUACUUCGUUUGUGUUUUACCAGUGACCACCUUUGAAUGGCUAACAAAUUUUAAACGUUAUCGCGUGGUGCAAAACACUGUCUGCAUGUAUCGGAACAUUCUCGAUUAGCGU